AUGGUCGACAUGUCUUUCCAAACCGCUCGAUUCACAGGUCCUCAGAAGUUCACCUACAAGCACGGUUUUCGCCAACCCAUUGCAGAGGGUAUGACUCAAACAGCGUCUGGUGGGCAAGAGGUACCGUCCUACACCCCUCCUCCUUCCGUAGUGAAGGAGACGUCGGUCAUGCCAAAUGAACUUGGCGUCUUCUCUGACAACACAUAUCCUACCUUGCUCAAUGGAACAAAUACCCCACAAGGUCCUCCAAAAUGGUUCAAGAAGGAAUCGGAAGUGGAUGUCCUGAUUUGUGGUGCCGGUCCCUCAGGCCUUGAGAUAGCCGUUUCUCUCAUCAGACAGGGAGUCUCUUUCAGGAUUAUUGACAAGGCAGAAGGACCGCUGCUCGCAGGUAGAGCCGACGGAGUGCAACCUCGUUUCCUCGAGACAAUCAGUCAGUGGGGUUUGGCCACCGACGUUGCUGAAGAAGGCCCUAUCAUCGAACGAACCGCCAUUUGGAAGGACGGCCACAACCUGCUGUUUAAUCGCUCUCAUCAGUCUGAUUCACGUUACCGCGGCUUGCACGUCAUCACACAGACUGCAAUCGAGAACAUCUACCUUCGCGACCUCCUCCGACACAGGAAGAUCGUCGAGCGCCUGACGUCUAUCGAGUCCUUCACCGUCGAUGAGUCUGAGGAAAUAUCCCAUCCCGUGUCUGCCACGCUCGUCAAUGAGAAGACAGGGGAGACGGAGAAUGUCCGCGCGAAGUUUCUCGUAGGCUCUGAUGGCGGUUCCAGUACCAUUCGUAAGCAGCUCGGUAUCAAGUUCGAUGGAGUUGCAACCAAUAUCUAUUGGGGAAUCAUUGAUGCUGUCUUCGAGACCACGUACCCCCAUGCUGGCGUCUUCGGCUGCGUCGUCAACUCUGAACAUGGCGGAUGCUGUAUCAUUCCUCGCGAGGACGGCAUGAUUAGGCUGUAUACGAAGAUUGAUCCCGACCGCGUUGUGGGCAAGGAACGCCUCGAGGAAGGUGGCGCAAUGGAUAUCGGCACAAUCACUGCGGAUGAAGUUCUUGCACAGGCCAAUCGUAUCUUCGCUCCUUUCACAUUGAAAUUUGCCUCCCCAGUUAGCUGGUUUUCUAUUUGGAAGAUCAGCGAGCGUGUUGCGGAGCGCUUCUCCUACAUGAACAGGGUCCAUCUCGCGGGUGACGCAUGCCACGUACAUAGCGUCAUGGGCGCAUUCGGUUUGAAUGCUAGCAUUUUAGACUCCGCUAACCUUGCGUGGAAGAUGGGUCUCUGCGCACGUGGGUUGGCCGAUACCGAGAAGCUGAUGCCCACCUACGAACACGAACGCCGUCGGCAUGCUGUGCGCAUCAUCGAAACUUCCGGCACUUACUUGCGCUUUGUCUGCGCUUCAAACGCACCCAUUGUCCGCCUGGAUGGCGUGGGUACGGAGGCUCGCGAGGACGAGGACGAUAGACCGGCCCUCCCGAAGGAGAUAACCGAAGAAGCGGAUCCAGGCAGGCGAUUCUUGAAGGAGUUCUUCGCUAAGCUCGGGGCGUUCUUGCUGGGCGUGGACUUCGAGUACGGACACAACCUGCUCAACCCGCCUCAGCAGAUAAGGAACGACGUCUCUCUGUCCCGCGUUCUGCCGAAGCCUGCGACGGAAGUUGCGUGGGGUGUGCGCGCUCCCAGCCCGCGUGUCACGCUCAGCCAGCAGAAGACGGGCUAUCUGUAUGACGUCUGUGGCGGGGCGGACAAGUUCACGCUUCUCGUCUUCGCGUCCAACUUCCAGGGCCCCAUCCUGCGCGGCCUUACCGCGUUGGAUGCCCAUCUUGCCUCAUCUCAGUCGUUCUACAAUCGGUUUGGCCGGUCGAACAUGUUUAAGAUCGUCCUGAUCACCAACCUCCUCCCACUCGAUUACGAGGACCAUUUCGCCGGCAAUGCCACGGGCACUCUGGAAUACCUUCGCAAGAUUGCGACGCUCGUCUGGGACGACCAGCUGCCAGGCAGGGAUGCGCACACGGUGUACGGAGUCGAUCACGCAAAGGGCGCUGUCGCCGUCGUGCGGCCUGACUUGUGGACCGGGAUAUCCGUUCUGCCAGGGGAAGCAGAGAUGCUGGACGAAUAUUUCGAAAGGUUCUUGACGGUCCCUGGGAAGAAAUCGUAG